AUCUCUAUAGGUAAAGGCGCACAUCUGGAGAUUCAAGAUAAAGAAGUUUUACCUUACAAACUGGUGAGGAAUCUAGGUCAUGGCGCCAGUGCCAGCGUAGAAUUGGUCCUUGAUCAGAAUACCAAAAAGGUGUACGCGAGGAAAGUGUUCAAGAACGUGUAUGGACGAACCCUGAAAGACGUAAAACAACACUUUCGGAACGAAAUACGUAUCAUGCGGCGACUUUCAUCGGGUCAUCAUGUUGUCAACCUGUACGCAACUUAUUUAGCCGGUAGGGAAUUGGCGCUUAUACUGGAUCCUGCUGCCGAUGGCGGGGACUUGGCUGAAUUCAUGCAAGGCUACGAUGAUCUGCAGCAAGAGCUAAGUGACUCGAGGAAACAUUCUGGGACUGUGCACUCCAAUGGUAGCGACUUACACCAAAUUGUUCAACUCGAACGCAGAAGGAUUGAAAUGUUGACCACACUGAAGCGAGCAUUCGGCUGUCUUGCCUCUGGCCUCGAGUUCAUACACAAACAGACCAUACGACACAAAGACAUUAAGCCGCAGAACAUUCUUAUCCACCAAGGCAACGUGCUCUAUACCGACUUCGGAUUCUCUCUCGACCACAGUACUCGAGGGCGCAGCACAACAACAGGUCGUCCAAAUGCGUUCACAAGAAGGUAUUGCGCACCUGAGGUUGCUGAUCACGACCGCCGUAAUUCAACAUCGGAUAUAUUCAGUCUUGGAUGUGUGUAUGCCGAGAUAACUGCGACAUUAUAUCCUGGAUUAAUUCCAGAAAGG